GCGCACUUUGUAAACGAGUUCGUGUGGCCGUUUUUUGUGCCCCUCAUGACGACGGUUAGCUGCACGAUAGCCCUCGAGUUGCUGGCCCAUUUUCUGAUGUCUCUGGUCACUAUUGUGGUGGUGAAGAAGUGCCUCCGCCUGGAUCUGAUCGGGACGGCCGAUCAUGCCUGUCACUGCACUCUCGGGCUGUUCCUGUGCGUGGGCGAGGCCCUUCUGAUGACGGACGCCUGGUGGCUGCCGCGGAUCUUCACCCACCAAAGCCUUGUCCGCAUUCACAUGGGCCUGGGAAUGUUGUGUCUCUGGCCCGGCUUCAUCGGCAUCCUGACGAAAUGCAUCAGCAAGGCCCGUAUCAAUGCCAUGGAGGAGGAUCAUUAUAAAUCGCAUUGCACCUCCAAGCACAGUUUGUGCGGCCUUCUCGGUUACUUUCUGCUGUUGGGCGCUCUGGGUACGGGCCUGGGGCUGGUCUUGUACUCCAUAAGGGCCCUUCAUUUGACCCAUCGGCUGAUGGGCCUAUUUGGAUUCGUCACCGUCGCCUGCAGCGUCUGGUUUUCGUUCAAUACGGGAUUUGCCAGACGGGAGUGGUCCUCGCGGAUGGUCGUUUGCCUGAAAAUGGCGGUCCUGAGCGGCACCUUCGCGGCCUGCAGUUCCGAGAUGUGGAUUAUUGCCGGAGAGACAUUCCGGCUGCUGCCACCUUCGUUCACUAAGGCGGUCGAUCUUUCAAUUUCUGAGGAACAUUGGGGUCCUGUUAAGGAUUAGUAGACAUUAGAUUUCUAGUAAAUGGUUUUAAAUUACAAUUUAUGAUAUUUGGAAGCUUAAAA